AUGGGGAGAAGGAAGAUUGAGAUGGAAAAGAUUGUAAAUACAAACAAGAGAAUGGUAGCUUUUUCGAAAAGAAGAGGCGGUAUCCAAAGGAAAGCUACUAAACUUUGCAAGUUAUUUGCAGACAUUAUUGUCUGCAUAAUCGUAUUCUCUCCAGGUGGAAAGGCUUUCACCUUUACUAAUUCUCCGAUGGGUGUUUGUUAUAUGGUUCAACCGUUCCUCGAAGAACACAGAAAAGAUAAGAAACAAGAGAACAAGAAUGUGCACAGCCACAAAGAACUGGAUUCUGUGGAAAAGUUAAAGGAUGUGCGGGAAUCAUUGGCAAAAUUGAAACAAAAUUUGUCUGAAAGAAAAGAGAAAGUCAUUACAUCGUCUUCGUCGCUGUCGCCAUCUCCAUCUUCCACUAUAGAAGACUCGAUCAUAAUUGAAGACUCUGACGACGAAGACUGCAAAACAAGUAUUACUGAAAAUCACGAGGCAAGGAAGACUAGUGGGGAUGAUCAUCAUGAUCUUGAUCUCAGUCUUGGGUGGCAGCUUAAGGAAACUAUGUCAUUGUUCGACAAGGUUGAGGAGCAGCCCCCUUUCCUGAAAAGGGAUAUUGGUCAUCAUAUGGUCAAACAAUGUCAAAGUGACCCCUCACAAAAUUGA